AUGUUAGCUGUUGGUGUGUUGAAGCUGUUGAUUGGUAUCUCGGUUCUGUCCCAGUACAAGCUAUGGACACUAGCUCACGGACAGAACUCUAGCACAGCCUGGUUCAUCACCUAUGCGCCACCGGAAAAUGGCGACCAGGAUACACUGGAAGCAUGGCUGUAUGGACCUCUCAAAACACCUCCAAUCCUAGGCCAGGAUUGUCCACUAAAGUGGUUAUACGGACCCUUUUUUACCCAAAGACCCGCAUAUAAGCUGCCUGAAGCAAAGGAAGAAGUGAAAACGGCAGUCUGUGCCCCGGUAAUGGAAGUGGCACACAAACGAGACCCAGAAAUUGAAGUUAACGACCCUCAAGACAAAUGGCUCCAGGGACCAGAACCAGAUUACUUAGUUAACUCUGGAUCUGAAGGUAACGUAUACAUGGACCACUCAAUCCCUACUGAAUAA